GGUGUUUGGAUUCGAAUGCGCGUCGCGACCCCGAGGGGCGGCGGCGCAGGCGCAGUGUGCGGCGGGGCAGCGCUGCCCCCUAGCGCCGGGGCGCGGCAUGCCGGGCGAGGAGGAGGAGGAUGGCGAGCCGGGGGUCGCGGGGGUCGCAGCCCCCUCCCCGCCGGCCGUGGAGGGGGACACCCGGCAGCGCUACGAUGAGCUGUGCAGCAGCCUCAAUAUGGACGAGCGCGCCCGCUCCGAGGCCUGGCUCAGCUACCAGAGCAUGAAGCGCAACUACACCCUGGAGGGAAAUGAUCUGCACUGGCUGGCGUGUGCCUUGUACGUGGCUUGCAGAAAAGCAGUUCCCACUGUGAGCAAGGGGACAGCUGAGGGCAAUUACGUAUCUUUAACCAGAAUUUUGCGCUGUUCAGAACAAAGCUUGAUCGAGUUUUUUAACAAGAUGAAAAAGUGGGAAGACAUGGCAAAUCUCCCUGCUCAAUUCAGAGAACGAACCGAGAGAUUAGAGAGAAACUUCACUGUUUCUGCUGUCAUUUUUAAGAAAUAUGAGCCCAUUUUUCAGGACAUUUUCAGAUAUCCUCAAGAAGAUCAACCUCGUCAACAGAGAGGGAGAAAACAGAGACGACAACCAUGUACCGUGACAGAAGUUUUCCAGUUUUGUUGGGUGCUGUUUGUUCAUGCAAAAGGUAAUUUUCCUAUGAUCAGUGACGACUUGGUCAAUUCCUACCACCUCUUAUUAUGUGCUUUGGAUCUAGUAUAUGGAAAUGCUCUCCAGUGUCCAAACCGUAAAGAACUUCUGAAUCCUAAUUUUAAAGUAUUCUUAAUUGUAGGUCUACCUGAAGACUUUCACAGUAAGGAUUAUAAAGUAUCAUCUGAUCCUCCCUGCAUCAUUGAAAAACUGUGUUCAUUACAUUAUGGAUUAGUUUUAGAAGCAAAAGGCAUAAAGGAACAUUUUUGGAAGCCAUAUAUUCGGAAACUUUUUGACAAAAAGCUUUUGAAAGGAAAAGAUGAAAAUCUGACUGGAUUUCUUGAUCCUGGGAACUUCGGAGAUAGCUUCAAAGCCAUCAACAAGGCCUACGAGGAGUAUGUUUUGUCAGUAGGAAAUCUCGAUGAGCGAAUAUUUCUUGGGGAGGAUGCAGAUGAAGAAAUUGGAACUCUCACAAGGUGCUUAAAUACAGCUUCGGGAACAGAAACAGCUGAAAGAGUACAAGUGAAGCAUAAUUUGCAGCAGCACUUUGACAGGUCCAAAUCACUCAGGAUUACAACCCCACUUACUGGCCGCAAGUAUAUUAAAGAGAGCAACCCAUAUGUGACACCUGUUUCCAUGGCAACAUACAGCUUGAGCCGCCUUCACACGAUGCUGGCAGGACUGAAGAAUGCCCCCAGUGAAAAUCUGGAGCAAAUUCUCAGAUCAUGUUCCAGAGAUCCUUCUCAAUCUAUUGCCAACCGAGUAAAAGAAAUGCAUGAAGUAUACUGCCAGAGCACGCAGGCUGAAGGAGAAUUCAGUAAUUUUUCCAAAGAUGUUGCUAGUAAGCAUUUUCGUCGUGCCGAGGUGCUGUAUUACAAGGUCUUGGAGUCUAUCAUUGAGCAAGAGAGGAAGAGACUGGGAGAUGCUGACUUAUCUGCAAUACUGGAGCAGGAUGUGUUUCAUAGAUCGCUGCUGGCAUGUUGCCUUGAGAUCAUUACCUUCACGUACAAGCCACCUGGAAACUUCCCAUUCAUCCCUGAAAUAUUUGACAUUCCAGUUUAUCAUUUUUAUAAGGUAAUUGAGGUUUUCAUCAGAGCAGAGGAUGGCCUUUGUCGGGAAGUAGUAAAACACCUUAAUCAUAUUGAGGAGCAGAUCUUGGAAAGCAUGGCCUGGAAACAAGAAUCUAUAUUGUGGGACAGAAUCAGAGAUAACGAAAACAGGGUUCCCACUUGUGAAGAGGUAAUGCCACCUCAGUAUUUUGAGAGAUCUGCUGGGAAUAGUGUUGUGGGUUCUCCUUUGACACCCAGACGACUAAAUGAGGUCCGUGCUGAAACUGGAGGACUAGGGAAAGGCCUUUCAUCCCCUUCAGCCACCCUGUAUGACAGAUACAGCUCUCCUACAGCCAAUCCUACAAGGAGAAGGCUGUUUGCUGAUAACGAUAAUACCUCUGACAGCAGCACUCCAGUAAGAGUUUCCCAACAGCCUGUGGUGAAUACAGUGCCUGUGCAGAACAUGAAUCCUGAAGCGAUGUCAGUAACCCCAGUGCCUGGCCAGACACUGGUUACAGUGGCAACUGCUACUGUAACUGCCAACAACGGGCAAACUGUGACAAUACCAGUACAAGGUAUCGCCAAUGAAAGCGGAGGAAUAACUUUCUUCCCAGUCCAGGUAAAUGUGGGUACCCAGGCUCAGGCUGUCCCUGGCCCCAUUCAGCCCCUCAGUGCCCAGGCGCUCACAGGUACCCUGAACACCCAAGUGACAGGGGCUACACUGCAGUUACCUGGCCAGGUGACUGUGCAGCAGAUUUCUCCUGGAGAGCAAAGGCAAACCCAGCCCUUUGCCACCACCACGUCCAUCAGGCCACGGAAGAUGGGCUCGCUUUCACUCUUCUUUAGAAAGGUGUACCAUUUAGCUAGUGUUCGCCUGAGAGAUCUUUGUGUCAAACUCGAUGUAUCUGAUGAGCUGAGGAAAAAGAUAUGGACAUGUUUUGAGUAUUCCUUGGUACGCUGCCCUGAAAUCAUGAUGGACAGACACCUGGAUCAGCUGCUGAUGUGUGCCAUCUACGUAAUGGCUAAGGUGACCAAGGAGGACAGAUCUUUUCAGAACAUUAUGCGCUGCUAUCGGACACAACCACAAGCCAAGAGUCAUGUGUAUCGGAGUGUCCUGAUAAAAGGCAGGAGGUGCCGACGCCGCUCUGGCAGCAGUGACAGCAGCAGCCAGCAGAACUCACCUACAGACAGAAGUAAAGAGAGGAAUAAGGAAAGAAGCAGCAGAGACUCCAGCCCCGUGAUGCGAUCCAGCAGCACCCUGCCUGUCCCACACCCCAGCAGUGCCCCCCCAACCCCAACUCGACUGACCGGGGCCAACAGCGACACCGAGGAGGAGGAACGAGGGGACCUCAUACAGUUCUAUAACAAUAUCUAUAUCGAGCAGAUCAAAGAAUUUGCCCUGAAGUAUACCUCAAAUGCAACAGACUCCCCGCCGCUUUCGCCCUACCCGUUCAUGCGGUUGGGGUCCCCUCGCCGCGUGCAGCUGUCCCACAAACACCCCGUGUACAUCUCACCACACAAAAACGAGUCUGCGCUCUCUCCUCGAGAGAAAAUCUUCUAUUACUUCAGCAGCAGCCCAUCUAAGAGGCUAAAGGAAAUUAACAGCAUGGUUAGAACUGGAGAAACUCCAACAAAGAAAAGAGGCAUUCUCUUGGAAGAUGGAACUGAAGCACCAGCUAAGCGCAUCUGCCAAGAGAAUCACACUGCUCUGCUAAGGCGGCUACAAGAUGUAGCAAAUGACCGAGGCUCUCACUGAGCCCAGUGUUCCAGCACAGGUAUUCAUUCCUUCAUUCCUUCCUUCCUUGCUGUCACCCAACACAUGGGGUCACCAGGCCAUGGCACGUGUCCUCAGCCAGGCAAGCGGCCCAGCACCAGGCCUUGACUGCAGAAAGCAGUGAAGAGCUUUUUCUUGCUUGGAGAACACAGCCCUAAUUCUGCUCUUUACCCUGGGGCAGGUAUUUACCUCCAUUUGCUCUAACCUGUCCCCUCACGCUGUUUUCACCAGCACUUCACCGUUGGGCUGGGAAGUUACCAUGUGUCGGACCCAGGAGCAGUGCACCCAGAUCACCACGCUCAGCAGUGGCUUGGUUUCUAAAUAAAGACCUCCACAAAACCAAUGACUUACAAGUGAUAUUCCAUAGGAAAGUCCAGUUCAGCUUGGAGAAGAAAGAUGGGGAAUAGCCUUUUGGAGCCCCAAAGGAAGCUCCAAGUGGAUUGUUUCCAUAGUUAGGAUGUUCUGUGUGCCUCUGAAAGCCACCCUGCUGUUGCUGUGUCAGGCGCUGGCUGGGCCAGACGAUGCUCUGGAGUGAGCUGUGUGCAGCAGGCAGCACUCGGGGCAGGGCUGCAAGCAUCAGUGUCACACUUGAGGCAGAUCUGUUUGGCUGUACAUUGGCAAUGGCACUUUCUCCUCCAUAUCAAUAGUUGUUCCGAGGCUGACCGCAGCGCUCUCUGCAGAGAGGCGAGCUGACUGUUGUAUUUAUUUCCAAUGGGCAGCCUGCAGCUCCUGUGGCAGAGAAGGGCGCUGAGAAUCACUGCAGCACACUCAGUCCGCUGGCUUUUGUCAAGGAAUUUUAUAUGUUUGCAAUGUUAUUCCAAGAUAGAUUGUUUCCCCAGGGAGUCGGGAGCUGCCCCUGUGCUUGUGUGGCAGGAGGGCAGUGGUGUCCCACUCUGGAAACCUCCACUGGGCUGUUUGCUUGUUUCUAAAGGGCAGGGCUUGGGGGGGUGGGGUUGGGUUUUUAAAUUGCUAAAUCAGGCUGACAGGGAGAAAUAUCUCUGCUCCAGCAGGAUAAGGAAGCAGUGCAUCUACUGGACCUCCUGGUCAGUUUCAUUUAAUAGGUCCAAGAUGCAUUGAACACACCAGCAACCAGCACCAUUCACCCACUGACUCCUUACCAUUGGUGUACGAGGCACAGGGGUGCUGUUAAGUGCACCAUGCAACCCCCCCCAGAGCCUACCAGGUUUUGUAACGAAGCAGAAAUUAAAAGCUCCGAGUUAUCAGUCAUUCCUGCUCCUCUGAAUUAUGGGAAAAUUUAGGACUUAAUUCCACUGUAAAUUCAGUUAAAUAAAAGCAUAUUUCGUUCUUGCCUGCAUAAUAAAAAGGCUGAAGUUAAGAAAUUGUGUAGAUGUUUCUGUAAAAAUAUUUAUGAAGUGGUCAGACAAUUCUUGUUACCAUUUACAUUACUUUGUAUGAAAAUAUUGCAAGUUAUUUUUCAAUAAAGAAUUUAUAAACUCCCA